AUGUCACGAUUCUUCUACCGCGGUGGUAGCGACAGCGAGUCCAGCUCGGACGAGGAGGAGGAUGUUUACGAGCGCUCUGGGGAGGAGGACAGCGACGCCGAGUCUAACGACGACUCCUCCAGCUCUGGCUCCGGCGAUGAAUCCGACGAUGACAAGGCUAGCUCCGGUGGCGAGGAUGCCUUUGAUUUCUUGAAGAGUGAUUCCGAAAGUGAAGAGGAUGAAGCUGAGGAGAAAGUGACUGCUGUUAAGAGUGCGAAGGACAAGCGAUUGGAGGGUGUUGAGAACACUAUCCGAUUGAUUGAGAAUGCUCAGAAGAUCAACGACUGGGCUGUUAUUUCGACUGAGUUCGAUAACUUGAACCGUCAAAUGCUCAAGGUCAACCAGUCCGGACCUACCCCCAAGCUCUACAUUAAGUUCGUCGCCGACCUCGAGGACUCUAUCACCGAGACCGCCGCCCAGCAGAAGGCCUCCAACAAGAAGAUGAACGCUAGCAACCAGAAGGGAUUCAACGCCAUCAAGCAGCGUAUCAAGAAGAACAACAAGGAAUACACCAUUCAGAUCGACAAGUACCGUUCCGACAAGGAUGCUUACAUGGUCGACAAGGAGGAGGCUCCCGUUGCCGCCCCUGCUCCUAAGCCCACCCGCGUUGAGAAGAUCGAGAACUUCGCCGCGGCCGCCUCUGCUGCUGCCGCCGGUGACGAUGAUGGAUUCGCUACUGUCGGCCGUGGUGGCAAGACCCUUCAAUACACCCCCGAGAGCAUUCUCAAGCACCUGCGUUCCAUUGUUGAGUCUCGCGGAAAGAAGAACACUGACCGCACUGAGCAAAUCCGCACAAUGGAGAAGCUUCUUGAGGUCGCCACAACCCCUUACCAGCGCAUCCGUAUCUACUUGACCCUCAUCUCUACUCGCUUCGACCUUUCCUCCACUUCUUCAGCCACUUAUAUGAGCGCCGAGCAAUGGAAGAGCGCCGACCAAGAAUUCGGUACCCUUCUGUCUGUUCUGGAGGAGCACCGCAACUACAUCAUCAGCGAAGGAGCUGAUGAGUGGGAGGAUGAUGACAAGCAGCCCCAGGUUGCUGAGGGCGAGACUUUCUAUAUUCCCGGCAGCAUUGUCUCAUAUAUCGAGCGUCUGGAUGACGAGCUCACCCGCUCCCUCCAACAGAUCGACCCUCACACUGCUGAGUACAUUGAGCGUCUGAGCGAUGAGCAGCAAUUGUACAACAACCUUGUACGCACCCAGAUCUACGCUGAGAGCCUCAAUGCUGGUGAGAAGAACGAGACCCGACAAGACGCUGUUAACCGUGUGGUCAUCCGCCGCCUCGAGCACGUCUACUUCAAGCCCUCCCAGGUCGUCUCAAUUCUCGAGGAUGGUACAUGGAAGGCCCUUCCCGAGAACAUCGACUCUGCCGUUACCACCCGCGCCGAGGCCGGUGACGUUUCCGUUCUUCUCCAGACUCUCUGCAGCUACCUGUUCCAGAACAGUGACGGUAUCAUCCGUGCCCGCUCCAUGCUGUGCCAGAUCUACUUCCUCGCCCUGCACGACGAGUACUUCCGCUCUCGCGACCUGAUGCUGAUGUCACAUCUGUCCGAGAACAUCUCCAACUUCGACGUCAGCACCCAGAUCCUCUUCAACCGCACUCUUGUUCAGAUCGGUCUGUGCGCUUUCCGCGCCGGUCUUAUCUACGAGGCCCAGAACACACUCGGUGAGAUCUGCGGAAGUGGCCGUCAAAAGGAGCUGCUCGCCCAGGGUAUCAUCCUCCAGCGCUACUCAACCGUCACCCCCGAGCAAGAGCGUCUUGAGCGCCAGCGCCAGCUGCCCUUCCAUAUGCACAUCAACCUCGAGCUUCUGGAGUGUAUCUACCUUACCUCCAGCAUGUUCCUCGAGGUUCCCCUCAUGGCCCAGACCUCUUCCGCCCCCGAGAUCCGCCGCCGCAUGAUCUCCAAGACUUUCCGCCGCAUGCUCGACUACAACGAGCGCCAGGUCUUCACCGGUCCCCCCGAGAACACCCGUGACGGAGUCAUCAUGUCCGCCAAGUUCCUCGCCGCCGGCGACUGGAAGAAGGCCGCCGAGAUGCUGGCCUCUAUCAAGAUCUGGGAUCUGAUGCCCCAGCCCGAGAAGGUCAAGGAGAUGCUCUCUCAACAGACUCAAGAGGAGGGUCUGCGCACUUACCUCUUCACAUACGCCCCCUUCUACGACAGUCUCGCCAUCUCCUCGCUGUCCGAUAUGUUCGAGCUCUCCACCAAGAAGAUCACAGCUAUCAUCAGCCGUAUGAUCUCUCACGAAGAACUCGGCGCUGCCCUCGACCAGGUCAACGACGUUAUCGUCUUCCGCAAGGGCGUCGAGCUCUCCCGUCUCCAGUCCCAGAUCGUCACCCUCGCCGACAAGUCGAUGGGUCUCCUCGAAUCCAACGAGAAGACUCUCGAGCAACGUACCCAGGGUAUGGCCAAUGCUUUCCAGCGUGAGCAGGGUCCUGGUCGUGGUCGUGGUCGCGGUGGUGGUGCCCAGGGUCGUGGUGGUGCACGAUUCCCCGGUGGAAACCAGGGCCGUAGACCUGGUGGUCAACAGUUUGGUGGUGGUGCAUUGGGCGGUGCGAUUAAGGCUUAA